CACAAACAAAAAUAUUAACAUAAACAUACCACACAACGCAAUAUUUCUCUUCCCCCCUAUUAUUGCCCCAACAAGCCACAACCUCGUUUCUCUCCCCCUCUCUUUUUCCCCGUUUUUUUCUUGCCGGAAAAUCUAUUUUCCGGCGGGAGAAACGAAAUCCGACUGCUGAAUUUACCCGGGAAUUCUCCGAACACCACAAAUUCUGUUUUGAUCUUUGCAGUUGUGCGCACACCAAACACUACAACUCAUAAAUUUUCCCUCAGUUCCUACAAAAGCAAGAAAACAACCUCCUCUGUUUUCCCCUGUUUUUUCUCUGCAGGGAAAAUCCCAUUUCCCAGUGGCAGGAAACAAAUCCCGACCGUUGGAUCCGUCAAAUUUUUCUGAUAUUAUAAGGAUAUGGCGAUGUCCGUGGUGUCACCGAGGAAAUCGAUAUUCCAGAGGGUUGGUCUGGGUGGAUAUUCGUCUUCUCAUCACCUCCUUGGGAGUAAGAGUCAGAGCAAGAAAUGUGGAAAUGAGGAGGAAUAUGAUUAUGAUGAAGACGGGACAAUGGAAUUGGUGCAGAUUGGAGCUGAAAGAACAAAAAAUGUUCUGAUUCUUAUGAGUGACACUGGAGGUGGUCAUAGAGCCUCCGCAGAGGCCAUUAGAGAUGCUUUUAAGAUGGAGUUCGGUGAUGAAUACAGGAUAUUUGUUAAAGAUGUGUGGAAAGAGUACACGGGUUGGCCAUUAAACGACAUGGAGAGGUCGUACAAGUUCAUGGUGAAACAUGUGCAGCUGUGGAAGGUUGCUUUUCACAGCACUUCACCUCGUUGGAUACACUCUUGCUAUCUUGCUGCCAUUGCUGCCUAUUACGCCAAGGAAGUGGAGGCAGGUUUAAUGGAGUAUAAGCCAGAUAUUAUCAUCAGUGUGCAUCCAUUGAUGCAGCAUAUUCCAUUGUGGGUUCUCAAAUGGCAAGGCCUUCAGAAGAAAGUUAUUUUUGUGACAGUUAUCACAGACCUCAAUAGUUGCCAUCCUACAUGGUUUCAUCCUGGGGUAAAUAGGUGCUACUGCCCAUCACCAGAGGUGGCCAAGAGGGCUUUACUAGAUGGUCUCGAUGAGUCUCAGACUCGCGUUUUCGGUUUGCCAAUUAGGCCAUCUUUUGCCCGAGCAGUUCUUUCAAAGGAGCAAUUAAGGGAAGAACUUGAAAUGGACCCCGAUUUGCCUGCGGUUUUGCUAAUGGGAGGCGGUGAAGGAAUGGGACCUGUCAAGAAAACUGCAAAGGCUCUUGGAGAAUCACUCUUUUGCAAAGAACUAGGGAAGCCAAUUGGACAACUAAUUAUCAUUUGUGGCAGAAAUAAAACUCUUGCCUCCUCACUUGAAUCUGAGGAGUGGAAUAUUCCAGUGAAGGUUCGCGGAUUCGAGAACCAAAUGCAGAAAUGGAUGGGAGCUUGUGACUGCAUAAUAACAAAGGCUGGACCUGGUACAAUUGCAGAGGCACUAAUUAGAGGACUUCCUAUCAUUCUAAAUGACUACAUUCCAGGACAAGAAAAGGGAAAUGUUCCAUAUGUUGUUAACAAUGGAGCCGGCGUCUUCACAAGAAGUCCAAAAGAGACAGCAAGAAUUGUGUCUGAAUGGUUCAGCACCAAAACAGAUGAACUCAAGAGAAUGUCUGAGAAUGCACUUAAACUAUCACAACCAGAGGCGGUUUUCGACAUUGUCAGAGACAUUCACGAGCUCGCAGAGCAACGAGGCCCUCUAGCGAACAUCCCCUACAUGUUGACUUCAUCAUUCACGAGUUUGAUUUAGCUCAUUCCAUAGUGCAUGUUUCAUUGUUAUAGGGAAAUUCCCUAAAAUAGAAUGCCGUGUACAGUUAGCUCAAUUAUUAUCAUUCUUUGGCUUAUUAGCUUGUUUUUUUAAAGUAUGCUAAACAAGCUGUGGUGUUUGUAAGGAUUGUUGUUUCUUUUUUUUCCCCCAUUUAGGUUAGUUUUGACCCCAAAAAAAAAAAGGAUAGGAUAGGAGAAUGAUGAUUGUGUUGUAACUUAUGCAGUUUCUCACUCUACCAUAUUUUCCUAUAUGAUUU